AUGAAUCGUUCGGGCAAUAAUUCGUCUCAGAAUAACGCACCUUCGAAAGUGGUGUAUCUUGGCUCUAUACCGUAUGAUCAAACAGAGGAGCAGAUACUGGAUCUUUGCAGCAAUGUUGGGCCUGUAACAAAUCUAAAAAUGAUGUUUGACCCGCAGACUGGGAAGUCAAAGGGAUAUGCGUUUGUUGAGUACAAGGAUUUCGAAUCGAGUGCAAGCGCAGUACGUAAUCUAAAUGGAUAUCAGUUCGGCUCCAGACUGUUGAAAUGUGGUUACGCCACAGGGUCGGACAUCUCUUCUUCAGACUCACCACAGCAGCAACAGCUACACCAAUCACAACAACAACUAAGACAGCAGAAUUUUCAAGUCAAUGAGACGCUCUUGAAAUUUCCAGAGCUGCCAUCAGGCGUUGAUGUUAAUAUAAACAUGACAACCCCCGCAAUGAUGAUAUCAAGUGAGCUCUCUAAAAAGACUCGCGAAGAACAGCUUAAAUUAUUGAGUAUAUUUCAAGACUGGACAAGAAAAAAUCCUGAAGAUGCUACCGAACUUCUGCACGAGUGUCCUCAAUUGAGCUUUGUCAUCGCAGAGCUUUUAUUAACCAACGGCAUAAGUAAAGUUGACGAUUUGACACAGCUGGCCGUUCAAGAACAUGACAGAGCACAUCCAAAUGGUGACCAAAACACUCCUAUAGACCCAAAGAUACAAACUAAACAAAGAGAGUUACUGAGACAGGUGUUACAAUUAAAUGACAGCGAGAUUUCAGUUUUACCGGACGACGAGAAGAUGUCUCUGUGGGAUUUGAAACAGAGAGCAAUGAGGGGUGAAUACGGCAUGAUAUAA